CUUCAACAUGUUAAUUUGAUUAUUGAAGUCGAAGUAGAUCCCUACAAGACUUCAAGGCUUUGAAGAGGAGGAACAAACCAAAUAAAUCAAUAGGCUGAAACACAGACGGUACAUAGUAAACCAUUAAAAGGGAACACUAUCAUUAGCAACAAGUACAGAAGACAGACAGGGACACUUAUUCCUACAUUCCCACGCUCACAUAUCAGUUCGUAUGUCCUUCACUCUCUCUGUCUUACUCAAAUAGAAACAAACUCAUUACCUGCAAUCAUGACAGAAAAUGUAAGCUCAAUGAUGGACACCCCAACCAACAUUUCCUUGGUGGGCCCAGGGGACCCCAUAUCCCACUCUCUGGAGUACAAGACUGUGGCAGUGUUCCUGGUUCUGCUGGUCUGUGGACUUGGCAUUGUGGGUAAUAUCAUGGUGGUUCUCGUGGUCCUGACCACGCGACACAUGCGUACGCCCACCAACUGCUACCUGGUCAGCCUGGCCAUAGCGGACCUGACCGUGCUGGUGGCCGCUGGUCUGCCUAAUGUGUCAGACAGCCUGAUGGGCACCUGGGUGUUUGGGCAUGCUGGCUGCCUUGGCAUCACCUACCUCCAGUAUCUUGGCAUCAAUGUGUCCUCCUGCUCCAUCACAGCUUUCACUGUGGAGAGGUACAUUGCUAUCUGCCACCCAAUGAGGGCCCAGACAGUGUGUACGUUGUCCCGGGCCAAGCGGAUCAUAGCAGGGGUGUGGUUGUUCACCUGUGUCUACUGCAUGCUGUGGUUCUUCCUGGUGGACAUCCAGGUAAUGAAGGACAGCACUAUCCAGUGUGGCUACAAGGUGUCCCGUGACCUCUACCUCCCCAUCUACCUCAUUGACUUUGCCAUCUUCUACGUGAUCCCUCUGCUCCUGGCCAUAGUCCUGUACGGCCUAAUUGCCCGCGUCCUGUACCUCAACCAACUCCCCAACCGGCCCGACGCGGGCACAGUCUUCGCUGGCGCCACCACGCUCCGCAGGAGCUGCAAGGAACCAGCAGACGAAGGGAAAGGGGGUCGUCAGGGCCGCUCGAAGAGUGUGCUCUUCUCCAGGAAACAGGUCACUAAGAUGCUGUCAGUGGUGGUGAUCCUGUUUGCCUUACUGUGGAUGCCCUACCGGACCUUGGUCCUUAUUAACUCCUUCGUUGACACACCUUACUUGGACGCCUGGUUUGUACUGUUCUGUCGGAUCUGUAUGUAUGCCAACAGUGCCAUCAACCCCGUAGUGUACAACCUGAUGUCUCAGAAGUUCCGUUCAGCAUUCCGCGGGCUCUCCCAGUGCCAGAGGCAGGAGGCCCACUGCACCCUCUCCAUGAACCAGACCGGUUACAGCAUGGCCAGGGACCCACGCAUCCCCCAACAGACUAGCAACGAGACCAAACUGGGGGCAAGGAGAGUGACCUGCACUGACACAGUGACGGCGGGGCAGAGCAAAGACACCUCCUCAGCCCAAGAGAGGAAGGAUCAGGAUCACCUGAAGGAAGAGAGGAAAGACACAAGCUUUGGUGAGACCAACUCCACAUCUGGGCAAAAUGAGAUCAUGUUCACAUCUGGGCAAAAUGAGAUCAAAUCCACACCUGGGCAAUCUGAGACCAACUCCACAUCUGGGCAAAAUGAGAUGGUGUUCACAUCUGGGCAAACUGAGAUCAAAUCCACACCUGGGCAAUCUGAGACCAACUCCACAUCUGGGCAAAAUGAGAUCAUGUUCACAUCUGGGCAAACUGAGAUCACAGCCACGCCUGGGCAAAAUGAGAUCAAAUGCACACCUUGGCAACCUGAGAUGAGUGAGGCAGCAAUUAAUCACACAGUGCUGUAGAUAAAACAAGCCUGUUUUAACAUGAGGAAGUGAGUAUUCAUCAUUCGCCAAUCCAAACAAAUGUUGGUAACAUAGCCCUUUAGGGCAGGGUUUCUUAAACUAUGGGUCGGGACCCAAAGUGGGCCCUGGGCAUUAUACAUCUAUGUAUACACUAAUUCUUCUUUUAAUUUGAGUCGUUGAAGGAUGAUUUGAGUCAUAGGAGGAUGGUCAAUUUCUCAUUUGGGUUUCGAGCUGAAAAAGUUUAAGAACCCCUGCUUUAGGGUAUUGCAGGAUGCAUUGGAAUGGAAAAGUAAUCCAUAUCAUUACCCUUGAAAAAGCACUAUCACCUAUUGCAGAAUGAAAAGAUUCAGGCCAUUAACAGUAUUAUAAUUUAGGAUUCUGGGUUUUUGACUGUAAAAAGCAUCAUCAACACCUGACUCCUCUGCAGAGUGUUAUGGGUCGCUCCCAGGGAUCACUGCAGGGCUCCUCUGCUCUUGUUAGUGCAUUUCAUUAGGUACUCUUCUCAUUAGGUUGCUACGCUCAGAGGGAAAGAGGAAUAACAUGCUGUUCAGAGAGAGAGAGAGAACAAGAGAGAGAGCACUGAUUGCCUUUAAAGGGCAAUUUCACCACUUUUCAACCUAACUUUCAUUAUCUCAAGCACAAUACCAGUGUCUAUAUAUGUGAAAAUGACACAUUUCUAAGUUUUAUAGAAACAAAUAUAAAGCAAAAAAGUUAUGACCCAGGGACAACACUGUAAAGCACUGCCAUUUGUUCUGCACAAAAGCCCCAGCUCAGAGCACAGGACAUUUUGCUAUCAUUUUAUCUCCACUUUGCCAAGAGAUUAAUUUUAAUGUUUUGGGCCACGUGAGAAAGUUGGAAUGGGUGGGGUAACCGGGGUUGGUUGAAUGGUAUUCAACAAAAGCAAACAGAGUAUACAAAUGCCCAUAGAUGUUUAAUGUUUGGGUUAACAUCCGGAUUAACAGAUAAAAAUGAUCCAUUAAGAAUGGUUGGCGAUGUGGGGAUAUUAGGAUGCUGGCCUUUGAUUCAAAGUGGUUCACCACCCAGCGAAAAUUAGUUCAAGUCAUUGCAUUAUUGAAAGAGUGGCUCAUCUUCUACACAUCCACACCUCAUGAUGAGUCAUGGUCCCAGCCCAGGCUGAGUCUCUUUCAAAUUGCUCCUAAACAUUACAGAUCCUGAAUAAAAGGGGAAUGUGUGCAAUUAACUAAUACUGUAAUGAGAAUCCCACUUUAGUUUAAAUCAUUUCUAGCUAGUAGCAAUCUAGAUGUGUCAAUAUGAGUAAGCUCUGCAGCUUUUUAAUAUGGAUAGUUUUAGUGCCAGAGAGUUAUGGAUGAUCUGUGCCAUUGUAUUUUUCCUGCCAGAAGUCUACAGGUGGCUGACUGUGGCUUCCUCAAUGCCUGAGUGUCUUUAUUUACUAUAGCGAGACCAGCCAACUCUGAUCACUCCCUGUUGUUCAGUUACGCUGGAUGGAGAUACAUUACCUAUAUGGUUGUAGUCACUGUUGUGGGACGGUUACUGUACUAGAUUGGGAACAGGAGCAGAAAUGUAAUAUAAUGUACAUUUAGGAAACUGGGGUAAAAUACUGAAUG